CUUCAGCGCUGGAAACCGUGCAGGCAGCACGAGUCUGUACUCAGUGACGCCAGUCCCAUUGUAUUACUGAUUAUGCAAGCAUGUGGAAAUCGAGUCGUGACUGAGGAAGUGCCCACCUCCUUUGCAACAGCUAUCCCCUUGCUUUUCCGCAAUGAAGAACAGCCUGCCGAAUGAACAGAUGUAUUAUCCACCUGCGUUCGGGGAGCAGACCGCCUAGUCGCACUGGCCCGGGAGCAUUUUCGAACAUUCGUUUGGGUCAGUCGAAGGCCCGCUACACUAUCUCCUCUCCACUCCCACGUAUAAGUAAUAAGCCCGAACUCCGCAUAACCGUGAAUCGAGUGAUGCGCGGCGCAUUUUCGGCAGCUACGCGCGUGGACCCUGGCCCUGGACCGGUAGAUUGAAAAUCCAAGGCCCAGGUUUGCCAGUUCUGAGAGAGCGAGAGGCCAAAAUUCUGUUCGCUCGUCGUAGCCAUGGAUAUUUAUCUCGGUCAUAAGUUUUCGAGAUGAUAGAGACGAGACCCGGAGCCUCAGAGAGCGUGAAUGCAGCAUGAAUGAUCGAUCGCGUCAUACGCCCGUAGUCUGUCAAGGCAGCACAGCCUCACCACCUCUUUUGCCGACACCGUGCUUCGAGUCGGGACCCUACAUCCCACUUGUUCAUGACCGCUCGGAUCCUCGCCUAGAUCCCAUUCAGGUUUCAUUCGCGACUCUCUCACUUUUUCCGUCGUCCACAGCUGCCGUGGACCCGCUUGGCAGCUUCAUUGGGGCUGUCGUGCCAUCUUGUUGGUACCUUUACUCGUACUCCCUCCGAUACCUCGUUGUACGAUACCCGUAAUCCCACACGAUGCCGCUUCUCGGUGGCCUUUUCGGACGGAAUGGUGGCAGCAGCAAGUCCAAAAACGCCCCAGACGUAGCACACCCAACAACUCAUCCUCCGUCCACAUCGCAAACUCCGUCAAGCUCUGGGUCCUCGCCGACCUCGCCGACGUUAGAAUACGUCUCCUUCGCUUCCGACCGCCUGCCGUCCUCGCCCAAUGGACGCAGCCUGGCGUAUGCUGGCGAAGUACCAAAAGAGAAGCGGGGCAUCUUUGGCAGGAAACGGAGCGGGAAUCUAGCUGCAGCAUCCGGGGAUUUGGAAGCGCCACGCCCCAAUUACCUUUCACACAUCAGCACAUCCUCCGACCUGUCACCGCAGGCUUCGUCUUCGUCUGUCCAAUCCCUUCGUCCGCCUCAGGGCGUCUUCAACCAGUCAACCCGCAGCCUUCCCCAUGAAACUGCGCGGCGUUACCCGUCGUUGUCACCGCUGGCGCCUACGAUCAGUCCUACCAAGUCAGUAGCGUCCGGGCUGACUACACGCUCUACUGCCACCUCGAAGACGUCUAAGAGUGCUGGUGCCAAGUCCGGAAAGAAGUUUUCGUUUUGGGGCAGCCGAAAAUCUUCACCUGAACUUCCUCCUUCACCCUCGCCACCAGACUUCAAUCUUCAGUCUUUCCGCAAUGCUCGAGACCCAUCACCAGCGAGACCGACUGCUAGUGCUAUCCAGCCUCUCACCGCUGGCAAUCUCAGCUCCUUGGGCAGAGAAUACGAAAACAGCGACUUGCCGCUCGUUCGGCCCAGACCGCCGAGAGAGCAUCGAGGCAGCGAUGCCUCCUCCUCGAGGAUCAGUGUCUCGGCGUUUCGAGAGAUGCAGGCCAAGAGAAGCGCAGCCGGUUCACCGGCACUCCCGGACAGUGCAGGAGGUCGAACGCCAAGCCCGGGGCCGGGAACUGUACGCCUAUAUGCCCUCGGUAAUGCGAGCGGCAGUCGGUCACAUCAGCCAUUGCCGCAGCAUCAGCUCCAACCCCGGGCCACUCCACCAACGGCAGCGCUAAUUCAACCUGCUCCACAGAGGUUGCUAGGACAUCAGCGCAGACCAGGGCAAUGGGAAUCUGAUGACGAUGAAGUCGAAGAGGAGGAGGAAGAGAGUGACGAGGGCGAUGGAAUGAAGACGGGAAAUGGGUCUCAUCUUGCGAGAAGGCAGAGGACUAUCACCAAGAAUACCGCGCGAUCGGACUUGGGGCAUGGUGGAGGUCUGCGGGCUGCAUCCAGUUUGGGAGUCAAUGGCUCAACGGCGUCUCCACCUUCCGUUGAUAUGCACGCCAAAAGACUGUCAAUCGAAAUCCCUCCAAGACAAGUCCGAGCACCUGCUUCCUCUACCCGUCCAUCUCCAUCGCCAGCACAGAAAGCACGACCCCUGCCCCAAUCCGGAUCCUCUUCCUCUUCGGACUCGGACGAUGCUCCACUCGCGACUUUGGUCUUGCCUCGACGAGCAGGCAGUUCAUUGUCCAUUGGGUCCAAUGGGUCUACGUCACACUUGCCUGCGUCGCCGUCGCCAAACACACGUGGCCCCUCACCUCUUUCGACGGCUGCUGUUCCCAGACCCCAGCACCAGUCUACUCUUUCAGUAGCCUCGGGUAGUGGAAGUAGCACGACAAGCCGAGCGCCAGUGGGCAAAGCGAAACCUCUCAUCGAUAUCAACGAGCUAACUGCGGCGCGCCCAGUCCUCGCUUCACAAGCGAAGACCAAUGAUGGAUUCACGGGGGGUGGAAUGCUGGCCGGGAAGGAGAAACCAUCGGCGUCUCCUAGUCCGGUUCUGACGACCCGUUCCCCGCCAGUGACGAAUGAGACGGGAUUGAUGCGGUUUCCUUCUCCACCCGGUUCGCCUGUUAGAGAGAAGUCUCCGACGUUGGGGGUCAGGGAGACGACCAUUUCUCGUCCCGUUGUUCGACGCGAUAUGUUGAGCGAGCGUUUGAAAGCGGCAGCAGUGACAACUUCUGAUUCAGAGUCGUCGCGUCCGUCCGUUCCGAAUCCCCCAACCUCGUUUUCGCCCGCUCGUAGAGCAAUGCAUCGACGGUCAUCUAGCGAUAUCAUCCUCCGGAAUGUCGUGCCCGAUGCGGAUCUAAAUCGGGAUCUUGCUGCGUUGUUGGGCGGUGGUGUUGCGCUUGUUUCAAGGAUGGGAGAAGAGGAUGAUCCCGAGCCACAGCCCGGGCCAGUGCCAGAACCGUUGGAAGGCGGGGAGAUUCGCCCGAUUCCAAUCAAGCAGCGUUCGCCGGCCCCUGGAUUCAGCGUCACGUCGCGGCCCCAGCCACUGGGUGGGAUUUUGCCCAGGGCGAGUAGUGCAUAUGGUGAUUUGGGUGGUGUCAGACCAAGAAGCACCUCGCUGGCGGCAACUAGUGCUACUUUGGCGCAGAAUGCUGUCGACAGCGUGACAGAUUCCAGUUCGGCCAAUUCCCGAUCUCGACAGCGCAGUAGCACGAUGUUGCCCCUGGCCGGGACGAGUCCCAGUAGACGUACGCCGGCGACAGAGGUCUCCAGAACGACUCUGAACCUAGCUAAUCCAGCGACUGAAAGCUCCGCCGAUUCGAGCUCUUCGAAAUCUGGGUCCCGCAAACGUAGUAGCACCAUGCUUCCGUCGACUGGGUCAACCCCGAAAUCUAUCUCUGAGAGCUCUCUUCCAGCUAGCUCCCGGUCUCGCCAGGGGGAAAUGAUGCCCGAUUCAGCCCGCCAACGGAGUGCCAGCAGCAUGAUACCAUCGGCGGUGUCGUCCGCCUCUCUGAGCUCCAAGAUGCCGUCCCCGACGUCGAUUGGACCCCCCACGAGACCGUUCGUGCUUCCUCGAACGAGUCCAGCGAGUUCGACUGGAGGAUCGAGUAGCUCGCCGGUGCCGCCGACGCCCAGAGACGGUAGUGAAGUCGGGAGUAGCGAGAAGAAGCCGAAAGAAUGGAGCGGAGGAGCGAGCGGGCUCUUGACGAAGCGUGGAUUGGCCAACCAGAAGCGAAGGAGUGUCAGUUUCGACUUCAACGAGGAGUUGACCAACAAGAAGGGCAAGGCAGUCGACGACGAUGAAAAGAGGAGAGAGAGACGACGGAGUGAAGCGCGUGCUGCAAUCGAGGUGCGUUUGCAAUCAUGCUUUCCCUCUGUUGUUUUGAUGACGACUUGUAGCUCGGGAAUGUGAUCAAUGGCCGGGGACCCGUUCUCCACGAUGAGGAUGAGGAGGAAGACCGACCAGUCAUGCGUCCGGGUCAGCCACAGCCCAUGAUGGUCAACCCCAUGAUGAUGCCGAUGGGCUUUGGAACACCAAGCCCUGGGUGGCCCGGAAUGCCGAGCCCCUCGCAGUUCAUGAUGCCCCCACCGGCGGAUCCAUCGUUCAUGGCAGCCCACCAACAGGCGAUGAUGUACGCGAAGCAGGCUUACCAGAUGGCAGUCGCCCAGCAGGCAAUGGCCGCCGCCGCCGAAGAAUGGGAGCGAGGAUCGAGUGUAGGAGGCUUCAAUGGCGGUGGAAGCGUCUAUGGCGGUGGUGGAGGGCCCGCGAUGAUGAAUCCGUGGAUGGGAAUGUUCCCGUCUGCACCGCGGUCAAUGUAUGGCGGCGGCGGCGGAGGUGCAAGAAGUGAUUACGGGGGACCCACUAGCGGUGGCGGUUCUGGCUGGAACUCGUCCCGUAGUGUGUAUGGGGAAACGUUUGGUCCUUCGACAGAGCGAUACGCAAGGCCUGGCAACUCUCCUUCCCAAGCCAAGCCGGGUCGCGACUCGAGUUACUUUGGUGGACUGGUGCCGCCAUCUUCAGCUAGCCGCCAGCCUCCGCGACAAAGGACUGCCAGUCAGCCAGCCACACCCUCAAAACCUUCCGGAUCCGUUCCUCGGCGGGGAGGACAACCGCCUUCCAGCUGGAAACCUGGCAUGUGAAAACUUUCCGUUCCAAUCAUUUAUAGUAUCUGGAUUUUAUCCCAUAUCUUCUCUCACUCAAUGCAUUUUCAUAAUCGUGUACUCUCAUGUCCAAGUAUCUGUCAACUGCACCUGUUUUCACGUUUGGCACGGACAGUACCAACUACCAAUUGUUAUCUUGUCAUUGGCGAAACAUUCACAGACUCUUGUCACGCGGAAGACUUCGCUUCGCUUCGGCAGUUUCUUCUGGACUGAAAACAGUUCCCAUCAUAAUUUACAGCUUGAUUGAACGGAUUCCAGCAGCUUACAGAUUAUAGUGUAAU